AGUCCCUUUAGUAUUUUUUUCUGUCUACUUGUAUGUUUUUUCGGUAUCAGUGUUUUUCCUUUUUCAGUUUUCCAGUGAGCCAGUUAAACAUUGGGAGCUUAAAUAUUAAUGGCUGCAGAACCUCCCCUAAAAGGGCUACCGUUACUGAACUGAUUAAAAAGAAACCAUGAGCUAGAUGUUACCUUUCUGCAAGAAACCCAUAUAGAUAAGGCAAAUCAGUCAGACUGGGAAAAACACUGCAAAGGUGAUAUUUAUUUUAGUAACUGCGCACAUUUCAGUGCAGGGGUGGCUGUCUUAUUUUGGGGAAAGUGUAAGAAUGAUUUUGUAAAGGGGCGUUUGCUUAAGAAGGGUAGGCUGUGAACUGUCACUUCCACUAGGACAUUGAUUUAACAUCUCAUCCGCAGGAUGGAGCACAAGGAGGUUCACAUAAUGGCUGAAGCAAUCACUUCCCUGUCUGAGGAGCAGUUCAGCUGCUCCGUGUGUCUGGAGAUUUUUAAGGAUCCGGUCACCCUCCCCUGUGGACACAGUUACUGCAUGGAGUGCAUUGAUUACCACUGGAAACAACCUGAGCAGAGAGGCGCCAUCAGCUGCCCCCAGUGCCGACACAACUUCUCUCCUAAACCCGUCUUGAGAAAGAACUUUGUCUUGGCUGAUGUUGUGGAGAGACUGAAGCAGAGGGGACUCAGCCCCUCUCUCUCCGCUCACAGUCUCACUGGGACUGGACACGUGCCCUGUGACUUCUGCACUGGGAGAAAACUGGGAGCGGUGAGAUCCUGUCUGACUUGCAGCGCCUCCUACUGCCCAGAGCACCUCAAACCUCACUUCACGGUCUUGUCUUUCAAGAGGCACCAGCUGGUGGAGGCCACUGGAGAUCUGAUUCAGACUCUGUGCCAGCAGCACCACAGACCUCUGGAGGUGUUCUGUAGGACGGACUGGAGCUUUGUGUGUCUGCUGUGUGCAGCCACCAAACACAGGAGACACUGUACAGUCACCCCUGAGGAUGAGAGAGCCAGCACACAGGCAGUGGAGCUGCACUCGUGUGUGUGGUGGAAGGAGGGCGUUCAGCUGGCGAAGCAGGCGUACGACACGCUCAAGGCCUGGAUCCCCAAGCGAGAGGCCUCUGCCAGCCAGCUGAGGUACAUCGCCCAGCAGCUGGAAAGGAUGAGACGAGAAGCCAACUACAGCCGCAAAGUGAGGGGUCUGGCCGCUGUGGGGGCCUUUGUUUCGGCGGUGUGCACUGCAGGCCUGGGCGCGCCUCUGCUGGGGGCGGUGGCUGGGGGCGUGGCAGUCACGACAGCUAUGACGGCCAUAUGGGGCGUGGCGCAGAGAGUAGAGAGCUUCAAGACCAGCGACUGCAUGAAGACCGCCAGGAAGAUCACAGAGACCGACAAGGAGGCCGCCAAAAAGGUGGUCAGGCUGAUGAAGGAGCUGGACAAGAUGGCCGAAAGGAUCGCAGCCUCUCAAAGGUGUGUCGACAGCCCAGAGCUGCUCGGGAAGGAGCACGUCUUCACAAGAUUGGUCUCCGCAGGGCUGUUCGCUGGUACAACCCUCCUGACCGCGCGAAACGUGAACAAGAUGGCCUUCCUGAUGGGCAAGCUGGCAAAGAACAUGAGGGCCAUCAGCGGGCCUGGCGAGACAGCGGCCUGCGGGCCCAGGUUGGUCUUCUCGGUAGUUGGGCUGGGAUUUGACAUCACGGUCCUGGUUAGUGCUGCCCUGGAACAGGCCGCAAAACAAGGGAAUGAGGCCGCCCACAUGUUAAGACAAGCGGCGGACCAAAGUGAAGAAAGCCUGAAAGAGCUCAAGAACACCCUGGGUGAAAUUGAGUGAGCUGUUACAGAGGGAUGUGAACACGCUGCCUCAGCACCAACAGCGAUGAUGCUAAAGAGGAAUUCUCAGUCCGCUGGUUUGCAGAGAGGGUUCUCAAGCCUUUACGCUGAGAGGGGUCCGAUGGAUGGACGGAUAUCAGAAAACCAGAAAAUGGAUUCAUAUUUUAUUUUGCUUUAUUUUUUUCAAUAAAGAGGAAGAAUUUCCACCAUUGAUAUGUUGCUUAUCUUUACAUUCCAAAAAGUAAGAUUUCGAUUUUUUUUAUAAUUUGCUUCUCUCUCUUUUUCACCCCUCAUGUUUUUGGUUAGCUUCACCGGUACACAUUCAUUUGUAAAAAUGAGGUGUCUGUAUAAUUUGUAUACGAAGACCUGGACAUUGUUUUCCUUUACAAUUGAUUGAAAUAUCGCUGUGAUUAAUUAACCUGUGUAAAUGAUUAUAACAAUUGAGCAAUUGUGUGCAUUUUGGGGUAUAAGGGAGCCCAGGUUUUACCCUGUGAUGCUUCGAUACAGACCAGUGUGGUCACAUCAGCUCUUUCCUUUAUUCUAAAUAAAGUGCUUUUGUGUGCAA